AACAAGUUGGGAGAUUUGUGCGAUAUCUUUCAGGAUUCCUCGAAGCCCAAGAGCAAGCGAAGAAUGGAAGUCAAGUCGCAGGUUCUGGAAACCCCUCCGCUAGAGGAUGUGGCCAAGGCGCUUGAGACGGGGCUCAAGGGCUGCUUUGAGCAAGCGAGCGUGUCCGUCGUCGACUGCCCAGAUCUGACCGCAGAACCUUACCACCUCGCUGCACCCGGCAUCUCAGGCUCUACACGGCUUGUAGACGUCGGCGGCGUGCCAAACCUCAUGCCACUUGUGGACCGAUCGAAGGUGUACAACUUCAAACAAGUGGCCAAGGACAUCGGGCUGCCUGGCGCCUUUUUCAUCGGUGCUGGUGCCGGCUCCUCUCGUCUGGCCGGCGUCAACUGUGAGAUGAUGCCCAACACCAACAUUGCAACGCAGGAAAUCCGUUCAUACUUUGCCAAAGUCCGGCCCGAGACUGGCGACAUGGUGCUGGAGCACUACGAGUCAAACGAGUUUGGCUUGCUGGGCAACUUUCUUGCCAGCGAAGGCAAGCAGGGCGCAGUGCUGCGUGUUGAAGCAUCCGUACGCACGGGGGACGACAACUUUGUCACGUGCAUGCGUCAAUCACUUCAAGCAGCGUUUGGCGACAAGCCCGUCGGCCUCGGCGGCGUGUUUGUCAUUGAGGCUGGCGAUGCGAAACUGCAUGUCAUGGUGCGUGGUGUUCAUUGCGCGGCCAAUGGUGACGCCGUGGGCUGGAUUUUGCGUGUGGAGCACACGCACUGCUUCAGCCAGCAUGGCCAGGGCGGCCACUACCAUUACGACACAACACCGGCAAACGUCAAGUAUGUUGGGUACUUCUCCGUCGCAGAGCACAUCUAUCGCGUGGACGCACCCAAAGUGACCCACCAAAUUGGGCGAGACUGA